AAUCGUGAACCUAUGUGAGUUUGUGACUGGAUGUGUGUAUGUGUGCUGGGUUUUUAGGGACACGCCCACCGUACGUGAACGCCCCCAAUCGUGGGAUCGCGAGGCUCCGAUAGGUCGGCGCAGGAGAUGCUCGGGCUUUAUAAAGGACCAGGUUGCUACUAGUUGCCCUGCUGCUGCUUUCGCUCAUUUCUGUCUUAAUUCCAUCUUUUGUACCUCCGUUACCACCAUGCCCAGCAACCAUAAGAAGAACAAGCGCCGCAUGAGGAAAAAGUUCCUCGCCGGCCAAACAGAAGCUGCAGAGAUCAAGAAACUGCAGGAGUCUGCUUUGAUUCUGCCAGGGCAGAAGAUUGUAUUUCCAGCUUCUCUGAUCACGCCAGUGAGAGAAGUGAAGCCUGUGGUCUUGGUCAAAGAACAUGUCAAUGUUCCCAAAGCUGCCAAGGUUGCCAAACCCCGAAAGCCAGUGCAAGCAGAUGUUAUCGAUGGGAUCAGCGCAAAGGCACCAAAGGCCAAACCUGCAGCAGCUGUGGUGGCAGCCGUAGUCGCCGAAGCCAUAGCCCCAGCAGAGAAGGCAGUUUGCAAACCUGUGCAGGCACCAGUCGCUGAAACCAAAGUAGCAGCUGAAGUAACGGCAGAGGUGGCUGUUGCAGUCCCAGUGGUAGUGGCUGAAGUACCGGAGGUAGCGGCUGAAGUAACUGCGGUGGAGGCUGUUGCUGCACCAGUGGUGGCAGAGGAGGCGGUUCAAGUGGUAGCAGAAGAGGUUGUCGACGUACCGGUUGUAGCAGCUGAAGUAACGGCAGAAGAGGCUGUUGCCGCACCAGUGGUAGCAGAGGAGGCUGUUGCCGCACCAGUGGUAGCAGAGGAGGCUGUUGCCGCACCAGUGGUAGCAGAGGAGGCUGUUGCCGCACCAGUGGUAGCAGAGGAGAUUGUUGCCGCACCAGUGGUAGCAGAGGAGGCUGUUGCCGCACCAGUGGUAGCAGAGGAGGCUGUUGCCGCACCAGUGGUAGCAGAGGAGGCUGUUGUAGCAGCUGAAGUAACGGCAGAGGAGAUUGUGGUAGCAGCAGAGGAGGCUGUGGCUGUACCAGUGUUGGCCGCUGAAACCGAAGCCACACCAGAACCCAUAGCAGUAGCAGAUCCAGUAGUGGUGGAGGCUGUGGUCGCUGAAACCGAAGCAACACCAGUACCAGCAGCAGAGGAGGCAGUUACUGAAACUGAAGUCCUACCUGAGCCAGCCACAGUGGAGGAGGCGGUUGUCGAUGCCGCAGUCACCGAAACCGAAGUCCUACCAGCAGCAGUGGCGGAGGCAGUUAUCGAUACAGUGAUUGUUGCAGUUACCGAAACAGAGGUCCUACCCGAAGCACCAGCAGAAGCAGUGGAGGAGGCGGUUAUCGUUGCUGUGUGUGCCGCAGUUUCCGAAAUCGAAGUCUUGCCAGCAGCAGUGGAGGAGGUGGUUAUCGAUACCGUGAUUGCCGCGGUUACAGAAACCGAAGUCACACCAGAAACGGCAGCCGUGGAGGAUGUUAGUGAAACAGUCUCAGCCGUGGCAACAGAAACCGAAGUCGUAGCGGAAACCACAGUGGAAGCAGAGUCGGGAGUUGAGGCUUCUUUGGAAAUUGAAGCUGUUGUUGAGGAGGUGGCUGUAGCGUGCGAAAGUGAGCCAUCCGUGGUGGCUGAAGUGCAGGUUGAAGAGAAGAGCGUCGAGGAGGAGGAGGUGGUGGUGUUGACUGAAGAAGUUGUCACAAUAGCUGAAAACACAGAGAGCACACUAGAGGUAUUGGCAGAAGACCUCUGUCACCUCGAGCAGAAGGCUUUCAUUGAAGAGCCUUGUCUGACAGAGCUUCCAACAAAGACCAUGACAAUGGAGAUUUCCCCACUGGAAGGCCUGGUUUCUGCUCAGACUCCGGUUGAUUUACAUUGAGAACUCGGGCCACGUUGAGAUCUGCAUGUGAUGCAAUGCAGAUUAAAUUGACUGGACGGAAGACUCUAUCCAGGGGCUGAGCAGUCACACUCUACCCUAUCCAUUUAUCAAAGGGUUUAAACACAGAACUUUCAAACAAUAAUCACACUAAAGUGCCUUCUUAUAAAGUAACAUGAAGUUCUCCAAGGAAUCGACUCGUCUUCGGCCCUAUCGGGUAUAAUCUGGACCAACGGGUAUCUUUAAAGGAUGCACAUGGGUUGCGGGGGUUGAUUAGGAUACAUAUGGCUUUGUUAGGGUACAUGUGGGGUAGAACACAUAGAAGGUCCGAUACAUGGUCACACCCGAGGCUCGUUGCCACGGAGUCAGUGUUCACUGUUGAAGAUGCUAUACCAGCAAGGCGCAUCAAUCAAGUCCAUUUUUUCCUCGUUUUUAUUCCCCGUUUUUUUUCUUUCACCUUUUCUAUACUGUGUUUUAUAUAAUCCAUACAAUGUGCUUUAGCAAAGCCCAGAAAAAGUGAUGGGGUUUUGUUGGUUGGGACAGAAGAACUUUCAUCUUUAUGAAAUAAAUGAAGCUGUAACUCAACUGAAUAAAGAUUACAAAUGUGAUAUUGAUGUUAUUUCUUUGGUUUUGCUGGUU